AUGGUUUAUACCCCAGAACAAGUCCUUUAUCCUUUUGUGGAGAAAGGGGGAAGUGACCUAACAGCUGAAGAAGAUACCAGUGGUGAUGACUCUUUAGAUGGAAAUAAUGAUGAAGACUCUGGGCACACUAAAUCUCCAAGUGAAGUAGAUGUUCCACAAUCUCCAGAAACUCAUGGAGAUCAGGAUGGUGGUCAUACCAGAGGCCGACAUUCUAAUGAUAGUAGCAGCAGUAGCAGUAGCAGUAGCAGCAGUGAAAGCAGGAACCUUGAGAAAGAGGACAACCACAUUAUUGAUUAUCCCAGAAGGCACGGAGGUGAUAGUUACAGUAGCAGCCAAGAGGAUGGAUAUGAUUUUCAAAGUGAAGAAAUGCAAGGAGAUGAGCCAAGGACUUUUGAGAGCCACGGCAGUGAUUCCCACAUGCUUCCUGAGGCUAUUCAUUCAAAAGAAAGCAGCCAAGAAAUCCAUAGCAGUAGCAAAGCAGUAGAACAUUUUGAAAGAAAAGCAUAUCAUUACAUUGAUGGUGAUUCAGAUGAAGAUAACAGCCCCGAAUAUGAACAGAACAAAUCCUUGAAAGAUGAUGAUGAUGAUAACAGUUCUGAGGUAGACAGCCAACUUGUGGAAGAUAUUAGUCAAUCAACAGAAAAUGUUCCCAGUCAAUCCAGGGAAGAUGAAACCAGUCAUUCUGGGAAGUCCUUAGAGAGCUCAUCCAUGGGACAAUCUAAAGAGAACCUCAAUAGCCAUUCUAGAGAAGAUAUGCAUAGCCAAUCCCAAGAAGAUGAUAAGCACAGCCAGUCCAGGGAGUAUGAUAAACACAGCCAGUCCAGGGAGCAUGAUAAGCACAGCCAGUCCAGGGAAGAUGAUAAGCACAGCCAGUCUAGGGAGCAUGAUAAGCACAGCCAGUCCAUGGAAGAUGAUAAGAAUAGCCAGUCCACAGAAGAUGAUAAGCACAGUCGGUCCAGAGAAGAUGCAACCAGAGGGCAUAUUCAAAGCCAGUCUAAAGAGAACACAAGCAGCUAUUCCAGAGAAGACAAACAUAGCCAAUCACGGGAAGAUGAUGUUCAUAGUCAAUCCACAGAACUCUCUAGACCAUCAAGAGAGAAUGAAGACACAGUAUCUGAAGAAGAUGCAAAGAGUGACUCCACUGAAGACACCAGAAGCUCCCAAGAAAAACUUGAGCAAAAGUCUAAAGAGACAGAAGAGGAAUCCAACGAGCACAAUCCUAGCAAAUCUCAGGAGAAUCACUCUGUUGAAAAAUCAGGAAACAUGCCACCCAGAGCCGCUGAAUCCGGAGAAUUCAAGUGGCAUCACAGCAGAUCAAGUGAGAAGAGCUCUUCUAUGGAAGAGAGCGAAGAGUCAGCUGAAGACACAAAAGAAUCUGUUGAGGAUGACAGCGGAUUGUCUCAAAGCACAUCAUCAGAGAGCAGCAAAGUAUCUGAAGAAAGUGCCAGCAGUGAUGACAGUAAUUCAAAUGAAGGGCAAGAUGAGCAAAGCAGAUCAUCAGAAACCAGUGAAUCCAAAGAGGAAGCCAGCAAUUCUAUUGAAAGAUCCAGUCAAUCCAGAGAGGAUACUAUGAGCCAGUCUGACAGCAUGGAAGAUAACAGUUGGUCAAGAAGCAAGGAGCUGGAAAGCCGAAAACUAAUGCUUGACUUUUACCAUAACAAACCCUUUAGUGAUUAUGAUGAUAAUGAUUGCCAGGAUGGGUAUUAA